AUGAAGAGAUACUCUUCGGCGCCGUGUCUGGCAGACGAAAACAGCGAAACGAAGAAGUUGAAGACGAUCGAGGAGCCGAGCGCGAGGGAGUAUCUGCAAUUGGCGUUGGCCAGAGUGCUCGAGCUGCAACGGAAGAUCAAAGAAGGAACGUACACGACGGACAACACCAGCGACCUCGGUGAAUCGAGCAGCGAGGAAGACCUAACGAAGGAGGUUCUAAGAAAGGUCUUUCAGAAUUUGCCGGGCACUCCGAACUCGGUGGAUCGUAUCAUAAACAGGUCGUCGAGGAAUCCUCAGCUGGACGCGAUUCACGGUAAAAGGAUCCAGCUGAUGGGCUACGAUACCUGUCGCAGAGCCGCCGUCGAAUUCAUGAAGAACGCGGUCCGCGAGACGAGGAGGGACGCGUCCCCGGCGAUGAUCCAGCCGAAUCAUUCCGACUUUCAUUUAGCCACUUACUCGAGGAACGAACCGAGGCUCGCCCAAUGCAGAACCGGUUUGCUGAGGAGCUCUCGCAGGAGGGACGCAGGAUCCUCCUACGACCGGGAGAUCCGGGACAGAAUGCUGAAGAGCUUGGACCUCCAUUUAGCUACGAAACAAAGAGAUUACACUACGAGGCUGAUGAGAUCGGAGCUGUAGCUCUGGUGUCUUAUAAAUGGAGGGUGCCCGAGUUAAUCCCGUUAAGAGAGACUCACAGGGUUUCUAAUUAAUUGUACCACUCUAGUCAGAUCACACGAGAGCUGUACCUGUUUUAUAGCUACUCUAGUCAUGCACACGAGUCACUGGGUAUUAAUGAAAACGAUGCCUAUAAAUUAUUUUUCUAAGAUCUAUAAUUAAGACAGACCUAUGGUAAAUAUCUAUAAAUUACUAUUUAUAAAUUUUAUAUGUAUACAUAUACGUAUGUGGAUUAUUGGAGGCCGGCUCGAAUCGAAUUCAAUUAUUCUGUACUGAACGGUUUUAUAGUUUGUGUACGGCGGAUUUAUUCUACAUUGACGGAGUUUUGUAACUGAUACUGCGAUGAGAGAGUGAUGGAUUGAAAUUAAAUUGAUUCUGAGGUAAAUCGUGUGACAGUCUUUCCCGAUCCUGUGUGGUGCGCCUUUCGAACUAGCUUCUCGCAUCUUGCGUGAGGACUGGACGAUCGUGCAACGAGCCCGGUGAGCUUUUGUAAAAAACGUUUAUUCAUAAUGUACAAUUAAAAAAGAAAACAAAGACAGUUUGAAAGUGUCUACGAUACGGCUUAAACGACUAAAACGCUCCGCAAACCUCCGUCUCGAUUCUCGAGUGGUAUAAAAACUAUCAGAAGAUCCGCCAAUGGUUCGACACUCGACUAGAUGAAAAUUUCCCUUUAACAUACGAUUCCGCGAAAAAACAGGGUUCAAGGUAUGUAUAUAUAUAUACGCUCUAGCUGAGGCACACGUGCGACUUUCUUUAUAAAAAAAUAAACUUCUCCUCUGUACCGUCCCAACAAUUAUACUCCGCUUGUUCGCGUGUAGUAUUUUUUUUCGAUUCGUUUUCAUCUUUCUUCUCUCUCCGUUUCAUUGUUCUCCUUCCUUCGAUCACGAAACUGCGCUCGCGUGUCCUCGAUGAAAGAGAUUUAGGGUAAUUUAAGUUGCCCGAGGACGUGCACGACGCGGCUAACAAUGUACGAUGCAGAUUUGCGCGGUCUACGAGCUAACCGAAUCGAAACGCGGCGGGACAUCGACAGCGGAACGCGAAGGUUCCGUUGAUCCCGGAUUAAAAUACUUUCUGCCCUAGACAAAAACAUUUACCACGAAAGGGCAGCUUCCCGUUUCCGACAGUCGACACAAUUUAUCGUCCGAUCGUUUAACUCUGAUUCGAUAUUCACGCCGAUCCCGUCGAUUCGAUUCAACAGCCAGUCCUUUCGUCGCUACGCUAGAAACCUACGUUGCUUCGUUCUUGUCCACACUCCUCCAUUUUGACGCCGUCGAGAAUUCUAAACCCUAAUUAUCACUUUUCUCGUCUGAUUUCUGUAUCCUCGAAUAUAGGUCGUUAACUUCAGGAACAAAGUCGAAGAGCUAGAUUAAAAUUUCGUCACUAGGCCUACAACGGGGCUGAUCAGAGGUCACGUGUCCUUCGUUGCUCCGAUGUUCACCGAUCGAGACUACGGAUCUUUGUGCGAAUUCUAUGGCCUACGCUGAUCGGAAGAAGAAGAUCCCCCUCGGCGCGGUCUCCUCGUGUCAAAAAUGGGCCAGAAGUGUAACUAAUACCUUAAUUAAACGCGCUUACAUCGUAAGGUUUCUGUGUAUACUCUAUGAAUCCGCAGUCUAACAGUAACUCCGGUUACAGUUGAAAGCCGGCGAAAGUGGAUCCAAUACUCGUCUGUCCCUACGGAUACCUGGUACACGGCUAAUAAACAUCGAUUCACCAGUCUAUCGUCUAAAUAUUAAAACUAAAACGCUUACAUAACAUAUAUAUAGAGGGCUCGAGCAGCAGGAUAGAGUAUAGCUGCCAAUGAAACACAAUGAUCGAUGAAUAAAAAGAGCCUAGUCAUUUCACGAGCCGAACGAACGAGCGAGCGAGCGAGAAACUCGUUAACACAUCAAUCGGAACACCAUCAGUCCCAUCAGAUGUGAAUACAUCUGAAAACCUGUUCUCCGUCUAAUCUGCAAACUUGUUCCGAGCAUUCCUCGUUCCCCUCGCGAUUCGUCCGCCCGCGCUCUUAGAAGUUACUUAAAAGUCUACAUGCUAAGCAGAAAGAAAAAGAAAUAUAGUCAACUCCUCGCCGUGAGACACGGUCGCUAACGCCAUUGACGUCCCCAAUCCUCGGAUCCUUGCUCAACGAAGUCCCGGAAAGUUCAAGCCCAACAGAGAUCGAAUUCUGGACGUGAUCGUGGAUCGCCGAGCGGACGUUCCUCAGUGUUGCUGCACGAGGGUCGGCCCGCUGCCUGGGUUCCUCCAUGGGUCCGGUAUGUCGAAGUGCGCCGGGACCGUGAUCAAUGCGUCGUCGGCGGUCCGAUCCGCGCUGCAGUUCUUCGGUUUCACGCGGGUCGUGUUCACGCACUCGAUCGGAAGCUUGAAGAACUCCAGCUUGUAAUUGAAGCCCUGGCUGGUCGCGCGGAUGAUCGUGUGCAGCGGCACCUCCAUGUACGGAAGCUCUUCCGGCUUUUUGUCCAUGAAGAAGCCGAUCACGCAGCGCAACACCGCCUGGUGCGAGACGACCAAGAUGUUGUUGGACCUCUGCAACUCGGCGAUCACCGGGUCCACGCGCUGCAUCGCGUCGAUGUAACUCUCGCCCCAUGGGUAGCGGUAACGGAGCUUGUCUUGGUCG